AUGGGGGGCUGGGGGAAGCCUCAGCUUCCAGAGGGUUCCAGGAUCCAGGAGGGGAGGCAAGGGCCUGGCCAGCCAGUUGAGGGCGGAGCCUACAAGGGAGUGCCUAGCCCGGAAGGGAGGGCAAAGGGCUAUGUUGUCCGCCUGCCCCACCCCACUGACAAGAGUCCCAGUCACCAGGCCACCCUCUCUGUCUGGGGCCCUAGAGGGAACCCAGAAUUCCAAGUUGCUGGAGCACUGGGGGACAUCCAGACAGAGCCCUCACUGGACCAGGUCCUCCAGGAGCGGGAUGAAGCCAUUGCCAAGAAGCAGGCAAUGGAGGCUGAGCUGGACUCAUGCAGAGCCAAGUUGCAAGCUGUGGAGGCCCAGCUGCUGGAGGUCCUGGAGGAGAAACUGAGGCUGAGGCAGGAGGUGGAAGCCUGGGAGGAGGACAUGCAUCAAAUGGUGAGGCAGCGGGUCGAGAGUCAGCUGCAGAGAGAGUCCCAGUGCACUCUGGGUGCCCCCGUGAACCCCCAAACUGCCAGGGCCCUGCAGGUCCGAUUCCCCCUGGGUCGGUGGGGACGCUGGCGGUAACAGAGCUCAGCCCAGGAGCUUGGGAGCAAUGUCUUUAUUCAUUAAAAGCUUGAGAUCUAAACA